UGUUUGCUCUGCCGUGCAGAGAUGGCGGGUCAGGGUGAGGCCAGGCUCCGGAGGAUCAGGUCUGAACCUCACGCUGACUCUGUAACGACGCGCUCGUCAGUUUGUUUUCAAUUUUGAGGUGAACGCCUCCGCUCAGUGAAGGGCGCGCGGUGUCGGUGGACCUUGCUGACCAAUAGCGGGCGGGUCCAGGUGCGGCCCCGGGGGCUACAGAGUAGCGUCACUAUCAGCGCCAACAGAAAGACGGUGGAGAUGAUGGAGCGCGAGCAGAGACAGGUGCUGAACCUCGAGCGGGUGCAGGCGCUGGAAACCUGGCUGAAAGUAACCAACACAAAACUGACUCAAGUAAACGGCCAGAGGAAGUAUGGAGGACCACCUGAGGUGUGGGAUGGCCCGACCCCCGGAGCCCGCUGCGAGGUCUUCAUCAGCCAGAUCCCACGGGACACCUACGAGGACCUGCUGAUCCCCCUGUUCAGAUCGGUGGGCCCGCUCUGGGAGUUCAGGCUCAUGAUGAACUUCAGCGGGCAGAACCGGGGCUUUGCGUACGCCAAAUACAGCUCCUCGAGUGUAGCCGCCAACGCAGUCCGCCUGCUGCACGGCCACAUGCUGGAGCCUGGCUUCCACCUCAGUGUCCGCCGGAGCACGGAGAAGAGACACCUCUGUAUCGGAGACCUGCCGGCCACCACCGAGCAAGAGGACCUACUGAAGGUGCUGCGUGUGCUGGCAGAGGGGGUGGAGGGGGUGUCUCUGAAGGCAGGGCCUGGGAUAGACGGGGUGUCAGCCAUCGUGGCUUUCUCAUCCCACCACACCGCUUCUAUGGCCAAGAAGAUGCUGGUGGAAGCAUUCAAGAAGCAGUUUGCGCUGAACGUCUCUAUCAAGUGGCAGUUGACGGUGAAGCCCGGUCCAGACGAGCUGCUGCCUCCUCAGAAACCCCUGAAGCCGCCACACCACAUCCUGACUUCUCCACAGCCCUCAGUCCUGCCUCCUCGUCUGGCCCGCCUUCCAUCCAUCCCCCCGGGUUUCUGCAGAGCAGUGGGAGGGCCUUACGCCCCCCCACACCCUUUCCCUCCCUGCUCCUCCACCUUCUCCUCCUCUGAGGGGCAUCCGGUGUCCGCAGCGUCCCCAAUGACACUCCUGCACAAGGUUUGUGAGGCGACGGGGGUUGGCCAGCCGCUCUAUGAGAUGUACUACAGCCACACUGGGCCAGAUGGAUUCCUCUACUUUACCUAUACAGUAUCCAUCCCGGGGAUAACCAUGCCCUUCAAAGGGCUGGUCAUGAUUUUGCCGGGACCAACUUCCACCGCCAUGCUAGAGGAAGCUCAGCAGGCUGCGGCCCAGCAGAUCCUGCAGAGGGUCUGCAGUCAGCAGCUCACCCCCUGAUCAGCUCCUCAGACAAAAGCUCUGUGUCAGGCUCUGUUUGUUUCAUCUUAUAUGUAGUUUGUUGAUUUCUGCAUGUUUUUAUUAGAGGUUUAGUAGACUAGUUUGUUUGAACUUCUGUGGUUUGUUUAUGCAUGCUUUAUUUGUGUGUUACUGUUGGAUCAGUUCCUCAUUUUAAAUAAAUGAGAUUUGAAAAGAAAA